AUGUCGCGAAUCCUACCCUCAAACAGCGAACAUGAGCUAGCGAAGAGCCUGGACAAGUUACAGGCUGAUCCCUUGUAUCUAAUACAUGUUAUUCAUUCUUCCGGCCAUUCUAUUUCGCUGAUCAAAUCGCUAUCCGACCUUGGGUUUGACUUUUCGCCAUUUAACAAAUGCCCCAAAUCCGGCGACACCAUCUGCGCCCUAGUUUCUAAAAAUAUAGGCCUAGCAAUAAAAACGUUAAUCCGGGCGGGUGUUGACCUUACUGCCAAGCACGGCAUCACUGCCUCUUCACUGCUUUUAAUUCGAGGGCAUGGAGAGUGCGGUUGUCUAAGGAUGCUGUUGUCCAAAGUUCCUCUUGUUACGGCAUUACCGGCUAGGAUCUCUAAUAGCCAUGCUGGUUUCGCGCGAUUAGCUGAAUCAGUUUCUGUAAGAAUUAAUUUUCGUAGCGUUUUAUCUUAG